UAUAAAUAUAAUUAUAACUCACAACCCUUUCCAUAUUUUCACCCUUAUACAUGUCAAAGCCAAAACACCUAGAAACAAUGGAAGAGGUAAUUAAUUCGAUUCGACGCGCUUCUAUGUUGGCUCAAAACCUUGAACAAAACCUACCCAACUUGGCGAACCAGCCAACUAUGAUGUCCUUGUCCAUUGAUGAGAUAACUGAGGCUUUCACUGCUGCAAAACAAAAGCUGUUACUAAUCUCCCGACAGAACCAAACUUCUGAAUAUGAAACACAACGGCCUCAGGAGAUGGAUGCCACUCUCAUGCAUGAAUGGCUAAGGUCUAGUCAUGCACUAACAAUGGAUCAGUUGUUUCAAGUGCAUGCUGCUAGGAGCACUUUGCAGAUUGGUGAAAUGGGUGGAAGAGAUGGUGAAGAUUCUGAGAAAACCAUGGUAUCUGAAGGAGAGGUACAAGGAAUCGUCGCAUCAUCCUCACGAUCACGAAAAAGAAGCAAGGACGCUAAUCAAGAGAAGGAAAAAAUUAUGGUUCCUGCCCCACAGUUUGGAAACACAGAGAUGCCACCGGAAGAUGGCUUCACUUGGAGGAAAUAUGGUCAGAAAGAAAUACUUGGCUCCAAGUACCCAAGGAGUUACUACAGGUGCACACACCAAAAGUUAUAUGAAUGCCAAGCGAAGAAGCAAGUGCAAAGACUUGAUGACAAUCCUAACAUAUUUGAAGUAACAUACAGAGGGAAACACACAUGCCACAUGUCCUCCACAGCACCAUCAUCAUCAUCAUCACUUCCACUACAACAACUACUUGUGGACAUGACACAUAACAGUAACACCAUUUCCUCUCAGUUGUCUCCUAGGAUGAAUUACCUCAGCCUCCAAACUGGUGGGGCCGCCGCCACCAGUAGUGGCAGUGGUGGAGCCUCCACUUCAAGAUACGGUGGUGAUUAUCCUGUGGUGGAUAUGGCUGAUGCUAUGUUCAACUCUGGUAGCAGCAGCGGCAAUAACAGCAUGGAAUUUCUCUUCUCUCCCGCUGAAGAUAAAAAGGAUCCAAACUAAUUACAAGAUCAAGAUUGGCUUCGUAGGAGAAAAUAUAUAAUUCUAUUGAGAAUGAUAUAAUUGCUUGAUCCAAUUAUACAAUCAAUGAAUAAUGAAUUAAUUGUAUAACUUCAUUGAAGACUUUUAUACCAGAAGAAGAAGAUUUUGAUGUCUAACAUUUUUCUUUUGUAAAAUUAAGGUUGUUUUUUUGAGUUAUUAUAUUUAUACACUCAGUUUCUCUUCUGUCAUACUUUGUCACAUUUUAUUUUUCUUUAUUUUCAAUUACAUCAUUUGUACUUAUAUAUAUAUAUAUAUAUAUAUA